AAAAUGUUCAGCUCUCUGCUGUACAAUUUAGUGUGGUGUAACCUAGUCGCAGUGAAGUCUCGAAGAUGACUUCGAAUGUUCUUGCAACACACAUGCGUUUCCAUACAUUAAAACGCACACUGCGAUUUGCAGAAACAUUGGCUAGAACUUACACUAAAGCAUCGAUUGCAGGUCUACCAACCUAUGUCAAGAUUGUAGAGGUAGGACCUAGGGACGGGUUGCAAAAUGAGAAGGAAGUCAUUACAACACAUUCCAAGAUAGAGCUGAUCAAUCUGCUGUCACAAUCUGGACUGCCAACCAUUGAAGUUACAAGCUUUGUGUCUCCCAAAUGGGUCCCGCAGAUGGCUGACCAUUCUGAGGUGCUGAAAGGGAUCACCCGCUACCCCAAUGUGACCUACUCAGCAUUGACACCAAACUUGAAAGGCUUUCAAGGGGCGCUUGCGGCAGGGGCAGAUGAAGUCGCUAUCUUUGGAGCUGCAUCAGAAACCUUCAGUCAGAAGAACAUCAACUGUUCCAUAGAGGAGAGCCUGCACAGGUUUGAGGCAGUGUCAAAGGCUGCAACUAUUGCAAGGCUGCCCAUGAGGGGGUAUGUAUCCUGUGUGCUUGGCUGCCCAUAUGAGGGGGAAGUGAAGGCAGAGAAAGUCGCUCAUGUAUGCCAGGAGUUGAUUGACCUUGGUUGCUAUGAGGUGUCGCUAGGAGACACGAUAGGCGUGGGUACACCGGGGGCAAUGCGUGAGCUGAUCUCUGUGGUUAGCAAGGUGGUACCAGUGGACAGGCUUGCAGUGCAUUGUCAUGACACGUAUGGACAGUCGCUCGCCAAUAUAUUCGCUGCAUUACAGAUGGGCGUGAGUGUAGUGGACAGCUCGGUGGCAGGGUUGGGUGGAUGUCCCUACGCGAAGGGAGCCAGUGGCAACAUAUCCACAGAGGACGUCGUGUACAUGCUGCAUGGGCUCAAUAUCAAGACUGGUGUGGACAUUCAGAAAGUGAUAGAGGCCGGACAGUUCAUCUCCAAGGUGCUUGGUCGACCUUCCCAUUCUAAGGUUGCCUUAGCAACCAAGUCUUCCCUCUAAGAUGGUGUAUGUGGACUGCACAGGCUAAUCUGGAACGACAUUUAGUGCACAUUUAUUUAGCCUAGUACUCAUGGGGCCUGUCUUUUCAUAGAUCUUGCAACAACCUGAAGAUGUAUCCAAAUGUUUAGGUUAAAAACAGGUGUGUAUUUUAUAAUAUUAUUUAUGAGAAGAAAAGACAUGUGAUAAACCUGGGAUAUUGGUAAAACUGAGUAAUAAUUGAUGUUUCAACGAAAAGUAUGCCAAUGUGAUAUGAUGGUUAAUAUAACUGAUCCAUGGCAGUUAAUUGCUGCAAAUUAUGACAGCAGGUCAGAUUAUUUUUUUUAAUACAAAAAGAUCUGCAUGAUGCUUAAAAAACUGAGUGUUUCCAAUACAAUCUUCUGGUUGUGUUUGUAAUAUCGUCUAUGUGGGAGCAUUAUGUCCGAUUAUAACCAUAUAUUGGUGUGUUGCAAUUCUCGUCCACAUGCACGCUGCUUCUACUGGAUAAUUUCAAUCUUAAUAUAAUUUUAUAAGUUUGUGGAGCAAACUACAAUUUACCCCUUAAGGGAUCGAAUUAUCCAGAGUUAUGUGCCCUCUUACUUAGCCGUGGCCUUUCAUGCACGAUAUAAAGCAGUGCAACGAUGAUAGUCACAUUUGUGAAAAACUAUAGUUUUACCAAUUAAGGGAUCUAUGUACAUGUAGUAUGUUUGAUAACUGUGUCAUGUUGAAGGAGAUUAUUAAGCAGUAAAUUACUAUUGGUAUUUUCAGUAUUAUCAUAGCAGUACCGGUAUAUGUUAAUUAUAUAGUUGCACUUAGUUAUCGUUUCCAUGUACACACAUGGAGCUCUGGAUAGAUUGAGGACAGGGCUUAUCUAUUCUGUUAGAUUUUUGCAAUUCAAAUUAAUACUGUUCAUAGGAAUGUUCAACAAUAAAAAUAUCUUUGUUCUAUGAUUCAGCCAAAAUGUAUAACUAUUUAUCAAUUCAUUGGGUUGUUUAUCAGAAAAAAGUCAUCGGUUUUUAUUUGAGAUGAAAAAAUAGAUAAUUCAAAUAUAUGAACACACAAUACUGCAUGUGUACAGUUACCUAAUUUUUACAGUAACCUGUAUUUAAUGCUAUAAACAUUGAUAUUUAUUAAUUCAUUUUAUAUCUUAUAUGCAUUUCAAACAUAUGUGUUUCAAUAUGAGAUGUUAAUUGACUAUUCUAAUAGUUAUACAUGUAUGUGCACACAAAAGCUGUCUGCAUACAGUUUCUAAAUUGUCUUUACUGCUAUAGAAACUACAUCUGUUGUGUGAAGUUGUUGUAGUCUGGAUCGUCACUAUUUCUGGAUAAACAUCUUAUUAGUUUAAACCUAUAUAUUUUAGUUUGAUUGCAUGGAUCGCCUCAGGCUUAUUGAAAUGCUUUGGAGUCUGUUUCCUAGGCCUAGAACCAGUACUUGGUGCCUUAGGGGAGAUCUAAAGAACGCUCCACAGUGGAGAUGGAACCCAUGACUUCACGGUGACCGUUUGACUCAUUUCAAUCCACUAUUGAUAGUUGCAUUCAAAUGAAAAAUGUUGAGCACUGUGUGAUUUUGAAAAGAUUUUUAACCCUUUAAGUGCUGGAACCGAAUUUUGAAGGACUUUGCAAACAGUUUGGAUCCAGAUGAGACGCCACAAAAUGUGGCGUCUCAUCAGGAUCCAAACUGUUUGCUAUUCUGAUAGUAUUCUUUGAAACAAAAAUUGAAAAAAAAGCUAAUUUUAAAAAUUCAGCAGACAACAUUUUAGCAGACCAAAAUUUCCCUGCAUGCAAAGGGUAAUAUGUCUGCUUUGUAUGCACUUUUGGAUAAAUGGGUUUAUCCACAACCUAAUUACCUUUGAGUCAAGUCUUUUGUUUUAUGGCUUCAAGCAUGUCUGUGAAUGUUUAAAAUUGUUAUUUGUAAAUCCUGUUUUUUGAAACACAAUGUUAUUUGUAAAUACUGUUUGAUAUAUGACAUGUAUGUUGGGUAGUUUUGAGAUAUUAAUGGAUUACUGUCUUUGAUUUAAAGAUUAUAUACAUGCUUGUUGUUGAUGUGAAUAAAAUGUAAAUGGAUCUA